UCCCUGGUUGAUUAAUCGCAGAGAAUAUUGCCAGCCAUUGCAAAUGCGGAAAAUUAUUCUAAUAUUUCUACCGAAACAAUGCCUAAUGAGACAUGUAACCUGCAUUUGAACAAACUUUCUUAUAUAUAAACAAUCCUGCACAAUCUGAUGCAAUAUUCGCGUAAAGAAUUUGAUUCGAAAGCAUAAACAACGUCGGAAUACGGCUGUGUUAUUUAAUAAUUUAAGGGCUUCUCCGAGUGCGUUAGCCGACAGCCAAAACAAAGAUUCGCGGAGUCCGCCGAUUGCGGCAGCAACAAAGUUUAAGCGAGGUGUUUGCAUAAUUUACAUCUAAAAACUGUGCAGGACUUGAGCAUUCUCCCCCUACAAAUUAUUUCAUUGGUGGAAACCGAACACUAGAUCGUUUUUUAAGACCAUUGCCGUGAAGUGCCGACCAUUUUUGAUUGCCUGCGCGACUGCUCCGCUGUGAAUUAGCACAUAUCCCCACGAUAAUCAUGUAAAGAAAACGUCACUCUAAUAUGUGCUUGUGCUGAGAGGCAGCAAUGUAAAUAAAAUUGGAGCUGCUACCGAGGAAAAACUCACCGCAAAGUUAGAAACUUGGAUGCCGAAGUGUUACUGGCAGUACGAGUAAAUAUAGCGAUCCCGACAACGACAUUUAGCACGAACCGUAGAGAACUGAGCGUGGUGGUGUCUGCGGAUCUUGCGAGUGCUCCCAUCCCGUCUAGACGCUACCAUGCAUGCGUCCUCCGCCGCGGCCACCGCACUUGUGGAGUACUCGGACGUCAGCUCGGAGGACUUCUCGGACCAGGAGGCCGGCGACUUGGACGCGGAGGCCGGCAAGGGAGCCGGAAACAUCAAAAAACCAAAGCCAGCUGCGGAUAGCCAGUUCCCCAAAGGUCGUCUUGGUGCCAAGCCCGAUAAGGAGGGCUAUGAUAACUACAGAAGUAGACGAGCAGAAGACUCAAACGAUCCUGCUGCGGCCGGAUCGAGGCAAACGUCGAGCAGCGAAGCCACCAACCCGCGGGAGGAUCCCUCGCUGGCAUCCAACACCUCGAAGGACGAGCUGUGGGGUAGGGAAAUCUACAUGUCCAGCGACUCCAUCGAUACCGACGAACUCGAGGCGGAGAUGAAGCGGCAGAAGCGCAAGAAGCAGAAGAAGGACAAGCACAAACACAAGUCCAAGAAGAAGUCCAAGAAGCGCAAGAAGAAGCGGGCCAAGUCGUACUCCAGCAUCGAUUCGAUGUCGGACAACGACAUCAAUGCCUUACUCGACCGGCGCUACACCCCGCCGACGGCUCCGAGCAAGAGCAACGAGCGAACGGUGAGCGCGGCGCCCUCCACGUUCACCCCACACAACCUCAAGGAGAGCAGUUCGCCGGCCACACCGCCGCCUGCUCGUCGCCCCAACGCCAAUAGCACCUACUACGGAGAGUCGACGGUGGAGACGGCCAACACUGCCCUGGGCAGCAACCUGCAGGUCACCGUAACGAACAAGCAGCCGAGCAGCAGCCGCCACCGAUCCCCUCCCCCCUCCACCCGCUCCAGUGGCAAUGGUCCUAGGUUCGGAAACUCUCCGCGCACUCCUCCCCCCUCGCACUACACCUCCUCCAGCGGCGGUGGAGCUGGCAGUGGGUCAGUGGCUCGCGAUUCCCGGAGCUCUCGCUAUGUAAAUAGUCCACACAAGGAGGAAGUGAAUGCCCAUCACCGCUCCAGCCACGAUCACGGCUAUCAGGGUCGUUACUCGGGUGCCGCUUCCAGCAGCCACGAUGCCAGGAAGGUGAAACGACUGUCACCGGAGCUGGACCGCUACAACCAUCAGCCGAGUACACCGCCCCACAAGCGACGGAAGUUUGGCGAUGGCAGGGAUGUUGGCCCCGGGAACUUCGAGCACAGUAGGCACCACUCUAGCAAGUACGAACGCUACAGCAGGGAUCGAUACUCUAGGCGGUCAUCAAGGAGCCCCAGUGUCCAGCACUCUCGAAGCCGACAGUCUCCUGUGGGCGGCUUGUCGUCUGGCGGAGCUGUUUCGAACGCGUUCCGACAUGGCAGCAGUCACAAACACAAGUACGGAACGACGGCUGGCUCGCCGACCUCCCACACGUCGAGAUCCUCCAAGCGCGCAUCGGGAACUGGUACCUCUGGUGAUCGCUACUCGAGAUCGCCGAGAACGAGCUCGCGCUACCUGGAGGCCUCACCCCCGUCGCCAGUCGGAGCUUCCAGCUCGCAUCACCAUCACCAUCGACGCUCGCCAAGGAUGCGGCAGAGGACCAGAGGAGGCAGCCGCCGUAGGUCACCCAGUUCGGCCAGCAGCGGGAGCUCCGCCUCGCGCAGCCGAUCGCCCACGUCAAGGGACUUGAAGCACAAGCGCGAGGAGUACAUCAAAAAGAUCAGCGAGACAAGCCUUUUCGCCGAGUUGGUCAAGGACCGUCACAAGAGACAAAAAGCGCUGAAGGAAAUCAUAGAGCGGCAGGAGGAGAACAGCAAUAGCAAUAGCAACAGCAAUGGUGCACUGACCAUUAACGACAACAGUUCCUCGGUGGAUGGCAAUACGCCCAACAUGGGUGAUUGCCGGUCCGGCCCUGGAAGUGGAACGCCCGCAGCGGCGUCGACGACUUCCAAUGGGCUUGAAGUCCUGGGUAGUAAACCAGAUCUGGACCUCAACAACAUUCCCAUGCCAAACAAGGAGACCGAGACUCUGGCUCCGCUUCCAGGUCUCAAUGCCGAUGUUCCGGACAGCUCCACGCCGUUGAAGCAACCUUCGUUGGUACCACCUUUCUCGGCCAGCAAGAACAAUUUAAAACCGAAGAGUCUGACCUCUCUGCCGCUGCCACCUGGGAUGAAUGCCCUUGACCUGGUUAAUGCGAGAUCUCCUUCGCCGGCGCAGAAAAAGGAUUUGGACGAGAAGAACGUAAAUUCCAGCGUUUGCGCCAACAAGAGCGUGCUUAAUCUUCCGAUGCCACCGGUAAUUCCCGGCAGCGAAGAGCUAAGUGGCGACGAUGAUGUUAUCGACAGUCCCGAAGAUUUCGAUGUCCCAUCUGGCGGCAAUGUCCACGGUCAUGGCGGUGGGCAGGGAGGCACUCGUCGGCGACCAGUGAUACUCAACCGUCGAGACUCGCGGAACAACGUUCGCGACUGGGGCGAGCGCUGUGUGGAUGUUUUCGAAAUGAUUGCGCAAAUCGGAGAAGGAACUUACGGGCAGGUCUACAAAGCGCGGGAUCAUCAUACCAAUGACAUGGUAGCACUGAAAAAGGUUCGGCUCGAGCACGAGAAGGAGGGCUUCCCAAUCACAGCCGUACGCGAAAUCAAAAUAUUGAGGCAAUUAAACCAUCGCAACAUAGUCAACCUGCAUGAAAUUGUGACGGACAAGCAGGAUGCCGUGGAGUUCCGUAAGGACAAGGGGUCCUUCUACCUGGUGUUCGAGUACAUGGAUCACGACUUGAUGGGCCUGCUCGAGUCUGGCAUGGUGGACUUUAAUGAGGAAAACAACGCUAGCAUUAUGAAGCAGCUUCUGGAUGGUCUCAACUACUGCCACAAAAAGAAUUUUCUGCAUCGCGACAUCAAGUGUUCGAACAUUUUAAUGAAUAACAGGGGUAAAGUGAAACUGGCGGACUUUGGUCUUGCACGACUGUACAAUGCAGACGAUCGGGAACGACCCUACACAAACAAAGUUAUUACCCUUUGGUAUCGACCGCCCGAACUGUUGCUGGGUGAGGAGCGGUAUGGUCCGUCGAUAGACGUGUGGUCCUGCGGCUGCAUCCUCGGAGAACUCUUCGUAAAGCGGCCUCUCUUCCAAGCCAACGCGGAGAUGGCUCAGCUUGAAACGAUAUCAAAGAUCUGCGGGUCACCGGUUCCUGCCGUGUGGCCGAAUGUAAUUAAGCUGCCUCUGUUUCACACUCUGAAACAAAAGAAGACGCAUCGCCGUCGCCUUAGGGAAGACUUUGAGUUCAUGCCUGCCCCUGCACUAGAUUUGCUGGACAAAAUGCUGGACUUGGAUCCGGACAAGCGUAUCACGGCCGAAGAUGCGCUCCGGUCGCCGUGGUUAAAAAAAAUUAACCCCGACGAAAUGCCAACGCCUCAAUUGCCCACUUGGCAGGACUGCCAUGAGCUCUGGAGUAAGAAGCGCCGUCGGCAGCUGCGGGAACAACAGGAAUCGCUUCCUCCCACUGUAAUAGCCUCGACCAAAUACCAACAGCAUGGAGCUGCCAUGGUGGGAGAUGCUUAGCAAAUGCUGUUUGCUUCGCUUCUCAAUGUUAGAGAGAGCUACAAACAGCGUGUUGGCGAUGAGUGUUCCUGGUGGCACUAGUAACUAGCCGUAACUAGCAAUAACGUAACCAAUAAAAGGAUUCUGUUAUCCUUAGACAGGGCCAGACUAGCUUGACUUGGACUUGCUCUAGCCGCUGUCGAGUUUAAGACAGCUUCAAUAAAGUCUUGGCUACAUUUACAAAUUGCUUUAUAUGUUGGGCAAAUUUAAUCAAUCGCUGUAUAAACGAAGUGUUAUAUAUAUUCGCAAAGAUACAUUUUUUAAAAGAGCAUGGUUUUUAUAUAUAUUAAUUUAAUUUGCAUUGCUACUAGUGUUUUUAAUUUUGGAAUAUUAAUUGGCAAUCGGAAGAGAUCGUGCACGAGCUGGAGUGUAAAGUUCAAGUAUAGAAAGUGUAAACUAACUCAGAAUGUAUUCGUAUCAUCAAAGGCGAUUUGUAAGUGACCAUGUUUCAAAGCUACGAAAUAAGCGUAUAUAGUGAAGCAGUUAAAGAUUAGCAUUUUAAUUAUAAACAAAUUGUUAAAUAAUAAUAGACUACAGAUAGUGUAUUGACUAGUUUAGUUUAUUGCUAAGUAUUUAAGAAAAGUGUAAAUUAUAAAUGAAUUUAUCAAGUAAAUAUGUACUAAUUUACCCAUACGCAGGCAUUUGAUAAGUUUAUAUUUUAAAUAUGAUGUUUGAGCGCACACAGCAUCAGAAUUUCUUAGCAUGAUGUGCGUGAGACUGAAAUCGAUCCACUCCAAAUUAUGUAAAUAGGUUGAAUAUUGCUACCAUUACACACACGAUCAACAAAAGUAAUAUCUCAAAACGCAAAUCAAAUCGACUAAAUUCAUUUUUGGUACAUCAUACCCUAUCUAAAUAAAAGUGAAACAUA